CGGCCGCAACUCCCGCCCCCCCGGGGCUGCGCUGCGCCGGCCGCUCGGGGCGGAGCGGGGUGAGCUGAUCGGGCCGGGUUGGGCCGCCAUGCCGUUCCUGGAGCUCGACACCAGCCUGCCGGCCAACCGGCUGCCGCCGGCGCUGGCCCAGGAGCUCUGCGCCGCCGGCGCCGAAAUCUUGGGCAAACCGGCGGAGCGGGUAAACGUGACGGUGCGGAGCGGGCUGCCCAUGGUGCUGUCGGGCUCGGCCGAGCCGUGCGCGCAGCUGCUGGUGUCCUCCAUCGGCGUGGUGGGCUCGGCGGAGCAGAACCGGGAGCACAGCGCCCGCCUCUUCGACUUCCUGACGGCGAAGCUGGGCCUCGGCCCCGAGCGGAUUGUCAUCCGCUUUUUCCCGCUGGAGCCCUGGCAGAUCGGCAAGAACAGAACAGUCAUGACAUUCCUGUGAUCCCUUGAGCGGCCUGUCGGAACAAAACAAUGGUGAAGACAACCCAGAGAUGACCGGUUCCGUCCACUUGUUUCCUUUUGUGAUCAAAUCUGCGUAGCUCUGCACCUUCACCUGUGUGAUUCACACAAAGCUAAACAGUGGGGCAACCAGCUGUGUUGAUUUUACUAAAAUAGUUUAGGGUUUUUGUUUCAAGCCUCUCUCGUAGCCCAAGGACUCUCCCCAUGCCUGUGGCUAAGCCAUUGCAGUCUGGUGAUGGCCAUAUGUGGGCCUAAAAAAAGCUCUCUUGUAGCAGCCAAAAGUAUAAUUCCAGAACACGUUUGGGUUUAUUGAGGACCAGAGAGGUUGCUGGGAUCAUCCAGAUGUCCUUAUACUUUGCAAGGCAGAAGGAUCCUUCUUUCUGUUUUUCUGUGACAGCAGAAGGGUCCCAGGCUGGCUGAUACCAGGGAGUCAAGUUCUUUUCUUUUCAGACUCCCCAAAAGCCCUUUCUGGAAAGAGGGGUGGUUAUUGGGAGGGAAGUUUGUGCAUUUAUGUAGUUUUUGGUUAGGGCUCGUGUCAGAUCUUGUGCUUUACUGUUGCCACUUCUGGUGGCUGCUCCUACAAAAUGUUGUUUGUCCACCACAUUUUCACAGCUGAAUGUUUGUGUGCUGAUGGCAGCGUGCAGAGGAGGGAGUCACUUGUGGAGAAUUGCACUGUGCCACAGGAAAAUAUUUGGAAGGUUCUGCAACUGCCAGAUUUAAUUCCUGUUAUUCAGCCAGUUGUUCAAAAUACUUUUCUUCAGUCUGUUGUUACAGGGAGUUUCAGGACUAUACAGCAUCUCACUGUGCUCUGUGGCUGGUGUCUUCAGCUCCCUGUCCCCAUGGGGAAGUGUUUUGGGUUUUUAGGACCCAUAUGUUCCCUCACUUUAUAACUGGAAUACACAUGGCAUUUUAUUAAAACAAAAGCAUGGUACUUUUUAUUUAUUAUGUUAUCUCUGCCUUAGACAGAUAAUGAGCAUUUAUCAGUUUCCAGUUUGUGACUUGGUCAGAUCCAGGUUGCAGACAGGGAGCUCAGGAAUUGAGGACAUGCCCCUGGGACAUGGGAUCCAUGGGAACGCAAGGCUGUGCUCCUUUGACAUUCUGACUGGAGUUCUGUUUGUUUAUGAGUUGAGGUUUCAAGAUGGUUGAAAAUGUUCCUUCUAAUUGCCAUUCAAUGUUGGUUGCUCCUUAUGCAUAACAAACACCAUCUAUGUUUGCAAAAUCUGUCAGGAAAAUGAUACCAAACACAAAUUUGAGUAUCAGACUAAUGAGGCUACACCUUAUCUUGUUAAUAAAAUUUAUCUAAUCCUCA